UGUGCUUAGUCCAUGAGCAGCUUGGAAAUGGAGAAUGAGAUUGGAACCAAGAACUUUUCAGGACAAUUGUGGAUCGUAUUCAAUUUACAUAUUCAAACUGGUUUUUGUGCUUAGUCCAUGAGCAGCUUGGAAUGAGAUUGGAACCAAGAACUUUUCAGGGCACGUGGUAGUUGUGCCCUAUUCCACUCUCGGCCAUACCAAUCCCCUGCUUCAAUUCGCCAAAAAUCUUGCUUCCAAGGGCUGCCUCGUCUCCUUCGUAAGCCUCCACUACGAUCAUACCAGAAUUGAAAGGGCCACACAAUACCUCAAUCGCCUCAACCUGGCCGUUCCGGGCCUUGUUCGGUUGGAGUGGAUUCCCGAUGAGAUCCCUCCUGACGUGCCCAUCGACCACCACAUCAACGAUGUCCUCUUCUAUCACAUGGACCACACCAUGACAGGUCACGGGCUCGAAUCCCUCCUCCUCAGUUUCAAGGCCUCCGCCAAUCCUGUAUCCUGUGUCGUCUACGAUUCAUUCCUUCCCUGGGUUCCCAAAAUUGCACUCAAGCGCGGUGUUCCCCACGCCUUCUUCUGGACGCAGUCUGCCUCGGUUUUCUCUCUUUACCACCACUUCAAGACCGUUGAGAAAUGGGACGGGGAGCGAAAUCUGCCGGAGACCUUCGAUUUUCCGUGUCUGGGCAAAUUUAAUAUCACGGAUUUACCUGCAAUAUUUCACCCUGUCCAAGAUUGCAAGCGCAGGGGAGUGCCCGAUUUCUUCGUAGACAUGGACUCUAUAACAAACGCUUCCUGGAUGCUCAUUAAUUCCUUCGACGAGCUGGAACGAAGGGUGCUGGAGCACUUGAGCAGAUUAGUGAGAGUGCCCAUUUUAACAGUGGCUUCUUCCAUACCCUCGGCUUUUCUGGGAGUCAAUCCAGAGGAUAGGCGGGUUGGAGCAGGCGCAGACCCUUGGGAAGGUCCGGAGUUCAUAGGUAAAUGGCUGGAUAGCAAACCUCCGCUUUCGGUUGUUUAUGUUUCCUUCGGGAGCAUAAUCUCAAUUAGCCCUAAUCAGAUCUGCGAAUCGGCAGAGGGGCUUGAGAGAAGCCAACAGAACUUCUUGUGGGUCAUCAGGCCACCAUGACCUCAAUCCAUUUUGCCUCCAGGAUUUCUGGAGAGAAUCGAAGAAAGGGGUUUGGUGGUGGAGUGGUGUGUUCAGCUGGAAGUGCUGUCACAUCCAUCUGUGGGGGUGUUUGUGAGCCAUUGCGGUUGGAAUUCUACGCUGGAUGCUCUCGGCUCGGGCGUUCCUACGCUCACUUAAGAGAUUUGGACGGAUCAGCCUAGUAACGCCAAAUGCAUGGCGGAUGUUUGGAAAAGAGGGCGCAGAAUGGUGAAGGGGGGAAAUGGGGUUGUGGGGAUGCAGGAGAUUGAGAGAUGUGUGAGAUCAGCGAUGGAGGGCGGGGAAAAAUUUGCAGAGGUGAGGAAGAAUAGCCUGAGAUGGAAGGAAGCGGCGAGGCGAGCUAUGAUGCCUGGGGGCUCUUCUGAUGCAAAUCUUUCUCGCUUUGCUCGAGAGCUUGCGACACCUGCACCGAAAGCUAUCAUGGCUGCUCUCGGACCAAUGUAAAGAAGAGGAUGCAGCUAUUCUGGCUCCAAAACGGUAGUAUGGAUGAAUGGCUCCAAAACGGUAGUAUGGAUUUGUGUGUGGUGUGUAUAACAUGCAUGAACAUGUCAAUAACAUGAUAUAGGAUUUGAUUUUU